CCUGUGGCCAGCUGUCAGCCUUCCCUGACACAGCAGAAACCCAAGGCCAUCUCUGAUUACACACAGGCAUCCCUCUCCUCCUCCUCCCUCCCUCUUCUUCCAGUCUUGCCACUCCACCGUCUUCCCAGAGGUAUCGUUGGAGCUCCCAGGAUGCGGCUGCUCAGCGCUCUGCUGCUCCUCCUGCUCCUCAGUUCUGCUGAGCCCAGGAAGGGUGGACGGAACAGAGACCGGGGCAUGGCCCGGGGUAAAGGCAGAGCCAAUGCUGUCAAACGUCAAACCUCUGAAUGCAAGGAAUACAUGGAGGCUGGAGAGAAAUACCUGGACUGUCAGGACUGCCAGCUGACCGGGGUGCAACAGCACUGGCCUGAAGACAUCCACCACCUCCUGCUGGCCCGCAACAAGAUCCAGGUGCUCAGAGACAACACUUUCUCCCAGUUCAAGAUCCUAAAGAGUCUGGAUCUACAACAGAAUGAGAUCUACAUGGUGGAGGAUGGGGCGUUCGCAGGGCUGGGCCAGCUCACUACUCUGCUUCUUCAGCAUAACAAGAUGAAGACAGCUUCUGAGGAGCACCUGCUCCCCUUGCCAAGCCUCCGCUACCUGCGUCUCUAUGAUAACCCCUGGGACUGCCGGUGCUCGCUGGAUAGCCUGGUCAGGACCCUGCAGGUGCCCAGCAACCGUAACCUAGGGAACUACGCCAAGUGUUCUGAGCCGGACGCUCUGAGAGGUCAGAAGCUGAAGAAGAUGAGGCCGGAGCUGGUGUGUCCUGAGGAUGGGGAGGGCCAGCAGCCAGGGCAGAAACCUCAGGAGGGGCAGGAUAGUCUGCCCAAACCCCCUCCCAUCAAGAAGCACCCUGAUGCCAACUCCUUGUGCCACACCUACAUGUUCCCCAAACCCAUGCUGGACUGCAAGAGCAAAGAGCUGAAGAACAUACCCUCAGGCCUCCCGUCAGACAUUGUGAGGAUGGACUUGUCCAGUAACAGCAUCACUCAGCUCCGGCCCAAGGAUUUUGUUGCUGCCAGGGACCUGAAGCUCCUCAACCUCAGCAGCAACAGUCUGGAUCAGAUCGACACAGCUGCGUUUGCUGGGCUCCUGUACCUGCGGGAGCUGGACCUGUCCAACAACAGCCUGCACUACUUCCAGUACGGAGUGUUGGAGGACCUGUACUUCCUCAGGAUGCUGAAUCUGGGGGAUAACCCCUGGGUCUGUGACUACAAUAUCCACUACCUGAUCUACUGGCUGAAGCACCACCCCAGGGUGGCCUACUCUGGCCUAGUCUGCACCGAGCCUCAGGAGUUCAGGGGCUGGCUCGUGGAGAAUUAUGUCAAGACCUACAACGGAGAGUGUCCCAAGGAUAAGGAUCCACAGCCAGGGAAGGGUGAUACGGGACAGGGACAGACAGGUACGGGUACAGGGACAGCUCAGGAGCUAGUGGCCGAGACAGAGGAGGAGAUCGAGCUGCUACCGAAGCCUCUGAGAGACCCCAGACCAAAGAAAUAUGAGGUCACCAGGUUGAGUUAAUAGGAUAGAGUUGAAAAUUACACGAGAACUGUUGUUGUUGUUGUUGUUGUUGUUGUUGUUGGUGGUGUUUUAUAUUAUCGCAGAACAUUCCAAUUCAGUCUGUAUCAGAUUUUUUUUUUACGUUGAGAUUCCCACCAGAAUAACCAAUGCAGGAUAGUUGGAUUCCCACCAGCAUAACCAAUGCAGGACAGUUGUUGCUGUUUUCGUUACAAUAAUAUUUUGUUGUGUAAAUACUUUUUUGAAAAAGUAGAGGUUGAUAUUUUCUAAAUGUAUGAUUUAGACAAUCUGUUCAUGAAAUAAAAGCAAUUUUUUCUGAAAUGCAUGAGGUUUACAUUACUAACUUCACUAAUCCUAAAGGGAUUUAGGCACAUCCUUCCCCUAAUAAUAAUGUAAGUGAUGAGUUGUGCAUGAGUACGUUAGAUGGUGUUCCCAUUGAUUGUGUCCCCGCCUAUAAAUAUCUGGGCAUCUGGAUUGACGAAAAGCUAUCUUUUAAAAAGCAUGUUGACAAGUUAUAAUCUCCAAGUAACGUUUCAUUUGGAUGUGUUGUUGUCUCUGGGUCAGUUUAUGAGAAAGGCUAGUGAUUUUUAUUUUGAUAAAUGUGUUUGUUUUGUUUGAUUGUUUAUUGUGUAUAUAAUAUUUGCUAUUUAUUUAAUUUUGUGUUUUAAAUUGUGUAUACUUUUCUUUUCUGUAUUGUUCCCAGUGCACAUUUGCAAAUGAGACCUAGGUCUCAAUGUGUUUUUCCCUGGUUAAAUAAAAAGGUUAAUAACCCCUUCAA